UUCUACCACCUCCCUCUGCAUAGCCUUACGUCGCUGACUCCACCUCCGCGGAGCUACCCUAGCUGGAGCCAGGAGUACCCACUGCCCCUGUUCUAAAAGAAGUGGACAGAGGAGCCCCACAGCUGUCCUCCUUGUUGUAGUCGCUAAUCGGGUGCGACCGCGAACGCCAUGGCUUCCGACGGCAUGGAUGAACGUUCUCCGUUGUUGUCAGCCCCCAAUUCGGGGAAUGUCACACCCACAGCACCGCCGUACCUGCAGGAUAGCAGUCCAAGAGCUGAGCUACCUCCUCCAUACACAGCCAUUGCGAGUCCCGAUGCAGGGGGAGUUCCGGUCAUUAACUGCCGUGUCUGUCAGUCACUCAUUAACCUGGAUGGCAAGCUCCACCAGCACGUGGUGAAGUGCACCGUCUGCAAUGAGGCCACGCCAAUCAAAAACCCCCCAACUGGAAAGAAGUACGUGAGAUGUCCCUGCAACUGCCUGCUUAUCUGUAAAGACACGUCCAGACGAAUAGGGUGCCCCCGGCCCAACUGUAGACGCAUCAUCAACUUGAGCCCAGUGAUGGUGAUCCCGGAGGAGCAGCCUGCGCAGCCCGCCUUACCUGUGCAGCCCGAGGGCAUGCGCGUGGUGUGCGGCCACUGCGGCAACACGUUCCUGGGCAGUGACGACGCCCCUGUAUCCCAGCAUGCAUCUGACCUCCCUGCUGAGGGCUCCUCCUCUUCCUCCAAGAGCUCUCAGUGGAUGGAGCUGCGCUUCAACACUUUAGCCAAGUGCCCACACUGCAAAAAAAUAUCCUCUGUAGGCAGUGCCCUUCCUCGGAGGCGCUGUUGUGCUUACAUCACAGUAGGCAUGAUCUGUGUCUUUAUUGGCGUUGGACUGACGGUGGGGACUCAGGAAUUCGCCAGUCGCUACCAUGCUACCUAUGUUUCUUGGGCCUUCGCUUACCUUUUGGGUCUGAUCUGCCUCAUAAGAGCCUGCUACUGGGGUGCCAUCAAAGUCAGCUAUCCUGAGAACACCUUUGCAUAGUCUGGGAACCACACGAACACCCCACUGUUUAAGUUGUCAGUCUGGUCAGACAUGAUGCGCAGGUAUGAACUUAACAUCGUCAGUCCAGGUAACACGGAGUCAUGAUCCAGUUCAGGUUCUUUACAGUAGAGCAAUCUGAAAAUAAUCUGAAAAUCGUCCUCAGUAUUAAUUACUUAAAGAAUAACUUGUGAAAUUGAUUGUAGUCUUAAAAAAAACAAUGAUACAUUGAUUACAUACGUUACGUAUUGAAGUGUCUGAAUCACCUGUAAUAUUAAUAUGGAGCUGCAGCGCCAUCUGGAUUUGGCCCACCUGGACUGGUAUGACCCCUGCCCAACGGACUUGUACACAUUCUAGGAACUCCGUUUUUGUUACCAACCAGACCAAAUGAGGCUAUCUUUUAUUAUCAAAUUGCCCAUUGCACUACAAUUUUAUGCAAUUCUUUUGUUCAGUUGCUGCUAGGUGAAACAGCUAUGAAAAGCUGAAAAGUCCUCAUGUAUUGUAUGUGAUUGAUUAUCCAUGCUUACGACCGCGGUACAUUAAAGAGGAAAAGUAUUGUAAAUGUCCCCAAGGUACUUUAAAAGUCAUUCAAUAACUGACUGUAUAAGUGUUUUUGUGCCAAUUUCGCCAACAAAAUGUCUUUUCUGAGCAGAUCCUUGCAGGGAGACUGUUCAUUUUAAAAAGUGACAUACCAGGCUUACUUUUUUGCAUUCACUGUGAGCCAUGUUAUUUGUUUUCAUGAACUUCAUAACGUUCUCUCGUAAUUACACCUCAUAAUUCUAUCUGCCUUCAUUACUGACAGUAUUAAAAUUCUGCUGCAUAAAACGAUCAUGAUUGCAUGAUUAUUUUUUUUUAUUUUUUUAAAGUACACAUGUAUAAACACCAGUGUUAUUUUAA